CUGCGUUCACGAGUACAUGGACGUUUACACGGAGAUACGCACGGACAACACGACGAAGCUAAUAGAGACGCCCUUCGGAGGCAGAUACUGUGGCCCCAUUCCACCCCGGAAGCGAGUGUCCCUCUAUCAAGGCAUAGCCCUCAGCUUUUAUACGGAUAAGAACGUAACGCUGCCAAGCCUCUUCGACGGCCGUUACGCCUUUAUCAAUGCCUCGGAAUACGAGAUAGGAACGCCCGCCCCGACACUCCCCUGCUCCUUCAUCAUCAACGCGGACGUCAAGCGCACGGGGAACAUCCUCUCGCCCACGUAUCCGGGCACCUACCCGAAGGAUCUCGUAUGCAGUUACCAGUUCAUAGGACAGCCCAGGCAGAGGGUGCGCCUCGAGUUCCGUGACUUUGAUUUAUUCUUUGGUGGCCCUCAUUGCCCUUUCGAUUAUGUGAAAGUUUACGAUGGUAUCAACAAUACUUCGGCUGUGAUUGGCACAUAUUGCGGUCAACAGAGAAAUUUGGUUCUCUAUUCCUCCGAAUCGAGUCUCUUUGUGUUAUUUGUCACGCUUCAGCGGACCGCCAAUACGCAAAAUCGCGGAUUCAAAGGAAUCUUCGAAUUUUCCGAGAGCUUUGUCAAAUUAGACUUUAUUACGAAUUAUGGUGGUGAGCAUAUACGGGGAACAGAGUGCGACCAAAAAAUUCUCAGCAAAAAGGAAUCAAUCGGUUCUGUCGUUAGUCCGAAUUUUCCUUAUCCUUAUAUUCCCAAAGUGGUCUGCCGUUAUUUCAUCUAUGGGAUGCAGGAUUCGCAACAUCUGGAACGCGUCAGACUCGAGUUCUCAACGUUCGUUAUUCCAAAGGGCGAGACGAAGGGAGAUUCGAGCUGUACGGACGGCUAUCUGAAAUUGUACUUGAAAGGUCAAGAGGCCACGGACUCGUAUGACAAAUUUGACUACGAGUUAUGCGGAAAGGACAACAAUCCUGGCCACGUUGUGAGUGAUGGGCCAAGACUCGUUAUGGUAUUCAGCAGCGGAGAGCAGCAGGGCAGAGGAUUCAAAGCAAAGUACGUCUUCGAAACGGAGUAUAGAAUACCAGGUACAGCGGCACCAGACGGCAGCUGCACGUUCACCUAUCGCAGCUCCUCGCGUAAGCGCGGUGAAUUUAAUUCGCCUCGUUACCCAAGCAACUACCCGAGUGACACAAAUUGCACUUAUCUCUUUAUGGCAACGCCGAAUGAGCAAGUCACACUGGUCUUCGAUCAUUUCAAAGUCCGGACGAAGAACUACAAUGUCAGCGGCCAUUAUGGCGUUGAGUAUUGCCAAGACGACUGGGUAGAGAUUUAUAAUAUGUAUCGGGACAACACGGAAAAACUGAUAGGCAGGUAUUGCGGCAUGACAGCUCCAGGUCCGGUCGAGUCGACUCUUGGUGCUCUUGGUGUCAAGGUUAUUCUGCACACCGACUCAGAUCUCGUUUAUAGUGGAUUCAAGGCGCGAUACAUAUUUGAAAAUGCCAAGUCGAUUUUUGGAGAUUGUGGUUCGAAUAUAAGCAGCUUGCAUUACGGUAUCAUUACAAGUCCGAAUUUCCCAAACAAAUACGAUGCGCCAUCACGGAAUCUCGCUAGUAAAACUUGCAACUGGUUCAUCAGUGUCAGACCGAAUCACCAAAUUCUCCUCAAUUUUGAGCUUUUCUCGGUGGAAGGCGAACAGUCAGCUCGAGGAUGCCCGGCAGCUGUGCUACGAAUGUGGAUUUCGCCACAAAAUACGCCACUCGAAUUGUGCGGAGUUAAGGAGCCCGAGGAGAAGUGGAGUCACGUUUCCGAUGAUCACAACAUGCGAUUGAGUUUCCUCUCGGCCGACAAGGCCGUCGGUCAGCAAGGCUUUCGAGCCAUCUGGACGGAAGUUACCCAAGACACCGAGUGCCACAGCGGCUUCCUGUGCAUGCGCAGUGGUUACUGCAUCGACGAGACGCUUAAAUGCAACAAUGUCGACAAUUGCGGUCCCGAGGACACCUCUGACGAAGAUCACUGCACCGUAGCCCCGCCUCCGGAGAACUAUUACGCCUUACCAGCGGGAAGCGCGAGUCUCGCUGUCCUUGGGCUGCUGGUCCUCUGCUUCCUCUGCCAUCGACGCCUAAAACGGCGCGUCCAAGAGACCGGCUUGGGCAUCGGUCCGGGCCCGCCCCACCUCGACGACCUUCAGCAGCACGUCGACGAGAGGACGGGCCGCUGCUUCCACCAUCAUCACAAUCAGCAGCAGUACCAUCACCACGGGCUGUUGCAUCACCACCAUCACCAUCAUCAUCACCAUCACCAUCAUCCGCACCACCACAGACAGGGUUCGCAACGCAGCCGGGCGCGGAACGAGGAUGACGAGGACGAGAUGGACGAGCGCGGCUCGUUGGCCGACUUUGGCGGGGAUUACGGUCUCCAGCCGCCCAGCCCGAGCAGCGACAGCGACGCCGAGAUGGAGCUCGUGGGCGAGAGCUACGCGAGGGAAAGGAUAGUCGGCUGCGAGAUGGAUAAUGACGAGGCCGACGAACUGGCGGACGAUGCCAGCAGCAGCCCCGAGAGUUGCACGACCACUCGUGAAAUUCGCUGAUGUCAGGGCAGGCGCACCGACUGGUUGAGAGCGAAGUAUGAUCUUAUACGACGAUGACGGUCACCCCAUUGAGACUUUUAGUUUCGAUAUGGAUGGCUCCGCUUGGGCGAAACCUGCC